CAAAUCGACUCUACCAUGCAGGGGUAUGAACUCACAGAAACAACCGAUUUUCAUGCUCUUACCGAGCGCCUCUUGAAUAUAGUUGGCAUUUGGCCAAAGAAUAAAACCAACUUACGGUUCUUCCUGAGCUUUGCUUACAUGUUUAUUCACGUGGUUAUGCAGUGGGCGUACUUUGUAAGUCACAUCGAUGAUCUUCAAGAAAUUACUGACAUGCUGGCUGAGGCCAUUGUUUGCACGAUGGUUGUUAUAAAGCUACUGGUUUUUCACAAAAAUCGAACAUUGAGUAAGAUAAUCGAUGAAAUGAGCCAAGACUGCCAAGAUAACAAGACUCGCUUCAGUCCAAGCGAGAAAAGGAUUUACGCAUCUUCCAAUUUGAGGGCAAAGACGUUUGUCAAAAUUUUGGCAUGUUUGAUCGGUUUUGCGGUUACUUUUUGGUACGCCAAACCUAUCCCAACAAUGGCAUUUGCAGGAAAUCGAAAUGGUUCGACACCCCUGCUGUUACCGUUUCGUAGUCAUUUGUUUUUUGAAAGAACGGAAGUCUACAUGUAUGCCUUUGUGUAUGCGUAUCAAGCAGGGGCAUCGUGUCAGAUAUUUGUUGGCUUUGUGGGAACCCAUGCAUUGCUCAUGGGUCUGAUGAUGCACAUAUGCGGGGAACUAUCGGUUUUAUCUGACAGAAUAAUAAACCUAAAUAAGGACAUGAAAAAUGAUCACCAUUAUAGAAUACGAGAGAUUAUCACGCGACAUGUACGUUUAAUACGAAUGGCAACGGAAAUUGACACCGCAUUCACCCUUGUAUUGUUGAGUCAAGUGUUCUGCUCUUCUAUAAUGAUAUCUGUCGCUGGAUUCAACGUGAUUAUGAAUUCCGAAAGCAAUGAAAAGACUGCUUUGACAACUUUUGUUUUCUUUGAGGCUUCGGCACUGGCCGAUUUGUACGGUUAUUGCUUCAUCGGCGAAUGUCUGAUAGCGGAGAGCGAACGGGUUGCCGAUGCUGUUUAUCAUUGUGCUUGGUACGAGAUGCAGCCAUCACAGGCGAGAGAUUUGAUCCUGGUUAUGGCCAGAGCUCAAAAACCACUUUAUCUCACCGCCGGGAAGUUUUUUGUUUUUUCCUCAGAAGCCUUGGCCGAAAUAGUUAAAACAUCGAUGGCAUAUCUAUCAGUGCUCAGAGCUCUAGCGUGAGUGAGUUUGUUCGAUGAAUUAAAGAACAACUUAUUCACAUUUGAAUUUGGCUUCAAAACACUUGAUGCGUGAACUCGUUGGAUCACGAUCUAUUGGAAGUGGAACUUUCAUUGGGAUUUAGCGAAGCCAGUAUGCCAGCAAGGAUCACUCGUUGGUGUCACUACGACUGUAUCUUAUUUUAAUUGCAAUAGAUAUUGAUUUAAUGUAAUAAAACCAAAUGAUUCAUCAUAGUUUGUGAAUUGAUAAGCGAUGUAUCGAUACCUUCUGCAGCACCA